UACGCAGCGUAAUUAUCCUGUCCCAGUGCUGUAUACAUCUUAGAGCAUUAUAAUGUAAAUAUGAAACCAGAUUACAUGAAGUAAAACAAGCCAGAAAUCAUGGAGCAAGCUGUGGUGGUUACUCUGAUCAUAACUCUGCUAACAGUGUCCUGUGAAGAGGGGAAUCUGUUACCACCAGGACCAAUCAAUAAGGAAGUAGGAGCAAGUGUGCUUUUUUCCACCAUUCCUUCAUCUCAACAAAUAAGAGGUAUCAGAUGGCACUUCAAUGGCACUGAAGUGACCAAGUAUGACCGUCCAGGACCUAUCACAGUGCACCCCAAUUACAAUGGUAGAGUAAAUCUGAACUAUACUUCAGGAGACCUGGAGUUAAAAAACCUGACCACGGCUGACUCUGGACAGUACACCUUAACCUUAACAUUUGAAAGUGGUUUAGGGGAUCGAGACCAUAUUUUGCUGCAGGUGUUUGAGCCAGUGUUUAGUUUUGAUAUCACCGGCCCUGAGGGCAAUCUCAUUGAAUAUAGCACGGUCAACUUCACCUGUAAGGGAAAUGGCACCAUCAGUUCUACAGUGUGGAUGAAGAAAUAUGAGAUUCUAGCUCCUAGCAGCAGCAUCACAUUCUUGGAUGACAACAGAACAAUGGUGAUCAGUCGGGUGCAGAGAUCAGACAGUGGUGAUUACCAGUGUGCAAUCAGCAACCCUGUCAGCUCUAGCACUGCCACUUACAGCAUUACUGUUAACUAUGGUCCAGAUGUGAAGAUACUGGGUGCACAGACUUUUGAGGAAGGCUCAGAUAUCCUCCUUCUCUGCGUCCCUGAUUCUUUGCCUGCUGCCACUAUUACAUGGACAGUGCAAGGCAUGCCUGCUAAAAAUGCAUCCCUGUAUGUCAUAGAGAACAGUAGGCGAAGCAAUAGUGGGGAGUAUAUCUGUACUUGCUGGAACAAUGUCACUGGGAUCAGAGCCUCUGCAGUUCAAUCUGUGACAGUGAGAGCUGUGUCCUCUAGGCUCGGUCCUGGUGUAGAAGCGGGUAUUACAGUGGGUGUUAUUUUUGCCGUGGUGAUUUUGGUUGUGCUCAUUUAUUUUCUCGUAAAGCACUUUAAAAAACCUACUGACACUGUGAGAGAAACACCUGUACCAAUGAUUGUAAAUCAGCAGACCACGGUCCCAACUGGGGACAAACUUCAAGGGUCAAGGCCACAUAUCUAUCAAAACAAUCAACCAUCUCCACCCCCUAGGAAACCACCAACAUUGCCACCAAGCAGGGACACAAAUGUGUUUCACGCCACCCCAGCUGUUAGGAGGGGAGAGAUGGAAUGCUAAUUAAGUAUGUAACUGUCUUUCUGUGAACAACAAGAAGUUCUUUUUCAUCCAUUGCAUGUCCUAACUAUGAUUCAUCCUUGCAGGAUUCAGACAUAUAUUGCAACACAAUAAACUAAUUAACAAUUAGGUAGGUUCCUAUCUUUCAUAUUCAUUUAAGCACUCACUGGUCAUCUUUCAGCAUGUGGAUUGUCUGUUGUUGUUGUUGUUUUAAUAUUUGGAUUAUUUAUCAAUUUUGUUAAAUUAAAUAAAUACAAGUAUAACCUUCUUGCCAUUUAGCCUUUUUUCUAAGAUUAUAAAAUGUUUUUCUUUUGUUUGUGUAAUCUGUUUAGAGCCAGUAUAAAAAUGAACAACCUUUCCUCUUUUUUAGCUUUUUUUUUUUUUUGCUGUUCCUCCGACAUCAGAAUUUUCACUGAAGAAUAAUUAACAGUCAUUACAGUUAUCUUGUAUCUCAUGUUCCUUGAGUUGUUCUGCACUUUAUAGCUACAAAUGUAAUAGAACAAAAAUUUUAUUGUUUAAAUUAUAUAGAAUAAACAAUCUAGAGUCAUAAUUGUAUUAUAUUUUAUAAUGACACACUUCUCAUAUUGGCAAUAAUAAAACCUAUAUAAAACUUUAAACAUGAUUUUUGUUUUUAUUUUAACAAACAAUUACUUCUUUUGCUUCUUAUAUUUAGCCUUUCCUUGGUGGAUUAGAAAAUGCAGCCCAGGAUUCUUCCCUCUGUUGUGUUUAAUUAAGAGAAGUUACAGAACUGAGCCUGUAGCUUUAGUGAUUUGUAUCUGGCUCAGUAACCUUUGGUCACUAAUAAAUUACGUUAUAUUGCAGUGUGCUGGUAAGUGAUCUACUGUAACUGGUAAAUCAAUAAUAUUUUGAUAACAAUACUGAUAACAGGUAGUAUGGAUUGAAUUUACAGGAACAAGGCAAUGAUUUCAUGACAUGGUUGUGUAAUAAAACUCUUACAAGUAAAAUGAU